GAUUCCAGUCGAGUUUACGAGGAGAGAAAUAUCUGGACACGGAGAGGACGGACUUUACUGGAACAGAGGAGAAUGCUGGGGUUUUAAUUCACUGAGUUAUCAACCGGAACAUCUUAAAUCCGAGCGUUAGUUAAACCCGAACUAAACCCGAGUUAAACCCGGGUUAACCCGAGCUAACCGGCCACAUUACCCGCCUCUGGCCGCGGUGUGACAGCAGGAAUGGCUCGGCCGAGGAAGAAAAGCUCUCCGGGCUGUUUAGUAUGAGGCUCUGCGGGGAGACACGGCGGGAAGACAACAAGAACUACAACAAUAAAAACUACAAUAAUACCAACAAUAACAAGAAGAAGAAGAAACACAGGAGGAGGACAGACUGUGAGAGAGCUGCCCGGUGACAUUCAGCAGAAGAAGAAGAAGAAGAAGAAGAUGAAGAUGAUGGGAGGAAGAAGAGUGGAGCUGCUGGAGGUCUGCUGCCUGCUGCUGCUGACAGGAUACUCACACUGCAGAGACUCUCAGCAGACAGAACACCUCUCCUCCUAUCAGCUGACCGUCCCUCGACCAAUAGGAGGCCGGCUGAGGCGGGACCUGGACGGGAGACCCCCCAAUCAGGUGUCUUACAUCAUCAGUGUGGACGGAAACGAUCAUGUUGUUCAUCUGGAGAGAAAUCAGUUGCUGCUUCCUGCAGACUUCACUGUGUUCUCCUACAGUCCCAAUGGAUCACUCAUCACAUCCAGACCACCUGUACAGGACCACUGUCACUAUCAGGGCUUCGUUCAGGACAUGGAGGCUUCUUCUGUUGCUAUGAGCAUCUGCAACGGCCUCAGAGGAGUGUUGCAUCUCGCCGACGACAGCUACGGCAUCGAGCCGUUAGACUCCGCCCCCGAGCAGCACCUGGUGUACCGCCUGCAGGAUGUGACGUCACAGCCCCGGGGAUGUGGCACGCCGCACCAUGAUGAGCGUUACCGUGGCAACAACGCCACCACGGAGCACGCUCAGCAUAAACCAGAGGAGAUCCACCACAGAGGACACAGCAGGAUGAAGAGAGCUGUUCUUCAUCUGACUCACUACGUGGAGCUGCUGCUGGUGGUCGACAACGAGCGGUAUAAUUAUAUGAACAAGAACGAGACGGCGGUGAGAGACGAGAUGGUUCAUCUGGCCAACUUCAUCGACAGCAUCUACAUGCAGCUGAACGUGCGGGUGGUCCUGGUCGGUCUGGAGAUCUGGACUCAGCAGAACCUGAUCAGCACCGAGGGAGGAGCCGGAGAGGUUCUGAGCCGCUUCACCCAGUGGAGAGAGAAAGAGCUGGUCCAUCGCCGCCGCCACGACUCAGCACAAACUCAUCCUGUUAGUGUGAAGAAGGGUUUCGGGGGAACAGCAGGAAUGGCGUUCGUCUCCACCGUCUGCUCCAGGAGCCACGGGGGCGGGAUCAACGCGUUCACCAACAACAACGUUCCCUCGUUCGCCUCCAUUGUGGCUCAUGAGCUCGGUCACAACCUCGGGAUGAACCACGACGACGGGCGCUCCUGUACCUGCGCCGUCGCCGCCUGCAUCAUGAACUCUGGAGCCACAGGAUCCAGGAACUUCAGCAGCUGUAGUGCUGAUGACUUUGAGAAGAUGAUCUUGUUGACGGGGGGGACGUGUCUCCUGAAUGUCCCCCGUCCUGACGAGGCCUACAGCCCGUACUGUGGGAACCGGCUGGUGGACAUUGGGGAGGAGUGUGACUGCGGCUCACAGAAGGAGUGUGAGGUGGACCCCUGCUGUGAGUAUCAGACCUGUAAACUCCGGUCAGGAGCCCAGUGUGCGUACGGAGAGUGCUGCUACAACGGUCAGUACCUAGCAGGUGGGACGGUGUGUCGGUCCAGGACAGAUGAUGAGUGUGAUCUAGCUGAGUACUGUAACGGCUCCUUCCUCUGUCAGAGCGACGUCUUCGUCCAGAACGGUCAGCCGUGCCGGAGCCAGCAGGCCUACUGCUAUAACGGGAAGUGUCAACACUACGACGGACAGUGUCAGGCCAUCUUUGGACCCAAGGCGAAGGCGGCUCCUGAGAUCUGUUUUAAGGACGUCAACAGUAAAGGAGAUCGCUUCGGUAACUGUGGUUACCAUAACUACGGCUACAAGAAGUGUGAGAGCAGAAACGCUCUGUGUGGGAAGCUGCAGUGCUCCAACGUCCAGGCGGUGACGGUGUUCGGCAUCGAGCCGUCCAUCAUCAGCACGCCGAUCAUGGGCGCCAAAUGUUACGGAGUCGACUUCAUGCUGGGCUCAGACGUCCCAGACCCAGGCAUGGUCAACGAGGGGAGCAAGUGUGGAGACAACAAGGUCUGCGUGAACUUUGAGUGUCGCGGCGCCGACAUCCUGAACUACGACUGUGACGUGGAGAAGAAGUGUCACGGACACGGGGUGUGUAACAGUAACAAGAACUGUCACUGUGCCGACGGCUGGGCGGCACCUUUCUGUGAGGUCAAAGGUUACGGAGGCUGCGUGGACAGCGGACCCACCUGGUCAGAUAAAGACACGUCUGUCAGAGACGGUCUGCUGGUCUUCUUCUUCCUCGUCCUUCCGCUUCUCGCUCUGGGUGCGUUUGUUUUCCUGCGCCGGAACGAGCUGCUGCGGCGCCUCGGGCUGAGCCCGCAGAAGGAGGUCGCAGGGAUAACCAGUGAGGCUGACGGCGCAGCUUCAGCCAAUCCCAACAGAGGACCGCCUCCCAGAGCGCAGCUUCCAUCUGUUGCCCGGGGCAACGCCAACAACAUCGUCAAAGACGGGCACCACGCUCAGCUACUGCCACCGCAGGAGGUGAUGGAGACCAGCAGGACAGCUUCCUCCUAUGCUGUGAGGCCUCCUCCUCCUCCUCUAAAACCGAAACCUUCUGCUGCAUCUCAGCCUCACCUGGUGCCUCAAAGACCCGCCCCCGCUCCACCUGUUUAA